AUGAACAUUACACUUUCGACGUCUGCUGACACCGCAUGGCUGGAGAUUGCCACGGGGCAUGUUGCAGCUACGGAACAUGCAGGUGAACCUCCUUGCUCCGAUGUGCAGAAUGACAGUGGUCUGAUUGAAAAGUACGCACGGGCUCGGAAAAACCGUUGCGAGCAUAAAGCUGGAGCUGUCAAUCGAAAAUGCCAGCAAUUGGUGCCAGGCUAG